GCUGCAGAGGUGACGUCACCAGGCGUUUGCGAUCCAGCUACCGACACAGAUCGAGAGCCGCCGGUACCAUGGCUGCCAUAUUGGAGAGGAAGUGAUUCCUGUCCGCUUGAGCAGUGGGGACACACAAUACCGAGAAAGCGACAGAGGGGUAGCUUGUGCGAUACUGAACAACUGUAGAGGGGUGCGGCUCCGUUUGCUUUUGCCAGGGCGGUUCCUGAACAGGAUCUAGUUGGUACUGUGAGUUUCAUCCCAGAACUCGGCGAAGAUGGCGGACCCGGCGGAGUGCACCAUUAAAGUGAUGUGCCGUUUCAGGCCCUUGAACAAUUCAGAAGUAAUGAGAGGUGACAGAUACAUCCCGAAAUUUCAAGGGGAGGACAACGUUAUUAUCGCAGCCAAACCGUACAUGUUCGAUCGAGUCUUCCAGUCCAGCACCACACAGGAGCAAGUGUACAACGCCUGCGCCCAGAAGAUUGUCAAAGAUGUGCUUGAGGGGUAUAACGGAACGAUAUUCGCCUAUGGGCAGACCUCAUCUGGUAAAACGCACACAAUGGAGGGUAACCUCCAUGAUCCGGACGGAAUGGGAAUCAUCCCAAGAAUAGUGCAAGACAUUUUUAACUACAUUUACUCCAUGGAUGAGAACCUGGAGUUUCAUAUCAAGGUUUCAUAUUUUGAAAUAUACUUGGACAAGAUUAGGGACCUUUUGGAUGUGUCAAAGACUAACCUGUCAGUACACGAAGACAAAAACAGAGUCCCCUACGUUAAGGGGUGCACUGAGCGCUUCGUCUGCAGCCCUGAGGAGGUCAUGGACACCAUCGACGAAGGAAAGUCUAACCGACACGUGGCCGUGACCAAUAUGAAUGAACACAGCUCCAGAAGCCACAGCAUCUUCCUCAUCAACGUCAAACAGGAGAACACUCAGACGGAGCAGAAGCUGAGCGGGAAGCUGUACCUGGUCGAUUUGGCCGGCAGUGAAAAGGUCAGUAAAACUGGAGCAGAGGGGGCAGUGCUUGAUGAAGCCAAAAACAUCAACAAGUCUCUGUCCUCGCUGGGUAACGUCAUCUCAGCACUGGCUGAGGGCUCAACCUACGUUCCAUACAGAGACAGCAAAAUGACCAGAAUCCUUCAGGACUCCCUGGGGGGUAACUGCAGGACCACCAUAGUCAUCUGCUGCUCCCCCUCCUCCUACAACGAAGCUGAGACCAAGUCCACCCUCAUGUUUGGGCAAAGAGCGAAGACCAUUAAGAACACGGUGUGUGUGAAUGUGGAGCUGACCGCUGAGCAGUGGAAGAAGAAGUACGAAAGGGAAAAGGAGAGGAACAAAACCCUGCGCAACAACAUUACGUGGCUGGAGAACGAGCUCAACCGAUGGAGGAACGGCGAAACUGUGCCGAAGGACGAGCAGUUUGACAAGGAGAAGGCCAACGCCGAGGCCCAGGCCCUGGACAACGUGGUCAACAACGACAAGCCCGUGUCCACGCCCAGUGUUCCCGGCGUCCGGCUCACCGACGCGGAGAAGGAGAAGUGCGAGGCGGAGCUCGCCAAGCUGUACAAGCAGCUGGACGACAAGGACGAUGAGAUCAAUCAGCAGAGCCAGCUGGCAGAGAAGCUGAAGCAGCAGAUGCUGGACCAGGAGGAGCUCCUGGCCUCGUCCCGGCGCGACCACGACAACCUGCAGGCGGAGCUCAACCGGCUGCAGGCGGAGAACGAGGCCUCCAAGGACGAGGUGAAGGAGGUGCUGCAGGCGCUGGAGGAGCUGGCCGUCAACUACGACCAGAAGAGCCAGGAGGUGGAGGACAAGACCCGGGAGUUCGAGCUCCUCAGCGAGGAACUCAACCAGAAGUCGAGCGUCCUGGCGUCCAUCGACUCGGAGCUUCAGAAGCUGAAGGAGAUGACCAACCAUCAGAAGAAGAGGGUCACAGAGAUGAUGUCCUCUCUGCUGAAAGACCUGGCUGAGAUAGGCAUUGCGGUCGGCAGCAACGAUAUCAAGCAACACGAGGGCAGCGGGCUGAUCGACGAGGAGUUCACCGUGGCGCGCCUCUACAUCAGCAAGAUGAAGUCGGAGGUGAAGAGCAUGGUGAAGCGCAGCAAGCAGCUGGAGAGCACCCAGGCCGAGAGCAACAAGAAGAUGGACGAGAACGAGAAGGAGCUGGCCGCCUGCCAGCUGCGCAUCUCCCAGCACGAGGCCAAGAUCAAGUCCCUGACGGAGUACCUGCAGAACGUGGAGCAGAAGAAGAGGCAGCUGGAGGAGUCCGUGGACUCUCUGAAUGAAGAGCUGGUCAAGAUCAACGCACAGGAGAAAGUUCAUGCUAUGGAGAAGGAAAAUGAGAUUCAGUCAGCCAAUGAAGUCAAGGAGGCGGUGGAGAAGCAGAUUCAGAAUCACCGCGAGGCCCAUCACAAGCAGAUCAGCAGCCUGAGGGACGAGCUAGAUAAGAAAGAGAAACUCAUCACCGAGCUGCAGGACCUGAACCAGAAGAUCAUGCUGGAACAGGAGCGACUGCGCGUGGAGCACGAGAAGCUCAAGUCUACAGACCAGGAGAAGAGCCGCAAGCUCCACGAGCUCACGGUGAUGCAGGACAGGAGGGAGCAGGCCAGGCAGGACCUGAAGGGGCUGGAGGAGACAGUGGCAAAGGAGCUCCAGACUCUUCACAAUCUUAGGAAGCUGUUUGUUCAAGAUUUGGCCACAAGAGUUAAGAAGAGUGCCGAGAUGGACUCCGAUGACACUGGCGGCAGUGCUGCUCAGAAGCAGAAGAUCUCCUUCCUGGAGAACAAUCUGGAACAGCUCACCAAGGUUCACAAGCAGCUGGUGCGUGAUAACGCAGACCUUCGCUGCGAGCUUCCUAAGCUGGAGAAGCGUCUUCGCGCUACGGCCGAGCGGGUCAAGGCGCUGGAGUCCGCUCUGAAAGAGGCCAAAGAGAACGCGGCGCGCGACCGCAAGCGCUACCAGCAGGAGGUGGACCGCAUCAAGGAGGCCGUGAGGGCCAAGAACAUGGCCAGGAGGGGGCACUCCGCUCAGAUUGCCAAGCCCAUCAGGCCAGGCCAGCCCCCCGUGGCCUCCCCCACCCACCCCAACAUCAGCCGCAGCAGUGGGAACAUCUACCAGAACAGCCAGCCUGCAGCCAUCCGGGGAGGGGGCGGAGUCAAGCAGGACAGGAAUUGCUGAAGAUGACAAAAUCACUGCGGAAGAUGCAGAUGGCAAACAGAAAGCCUGUCAUUCCAUUACAGUGAACUUUUUCCACCAAGGGGGACUUUUCAGUAUAUAUAAAUAUAUAAACUAUAUCUGGCCUGUACAGUUCUACCUUGAUCUUUUUUCCCUUUAUAUAAUUGAUUCCCGUAUGAAAUUAAAUCACAGAUGAAACAAAAAAACAGAGUGCAAUCUAGGCAUCCUGCAAACUAACAACAUGUGACUUGGUGUAGCUCCGUUGCGUUGCACAGUCCGUCGUCAUUCACGUCUUGAGAUUAGUCUUCACUGUGCCAAGUUGAAUGUAUGUUACAGGUUUAAAAAAAAAACAAAAAAAAAAAAAGUGGGGGAAAAAAAAAAGAUUAGCAGAACGUCCUCGCCUGAUUUAACGCGCACCCGUUCGUUUUAGGGAUCGUAGAACCAUUUCUCCGCGUAGAUUUGAUGAGCUUGUUUAAAGUUGAGUUGAAUAGAUGAAUCGAACACUACUGUUCCCGUUGUACAGAUUUGAAAUAGCACUGAACACGUUUUCUGAAAAGCGGGCGUUUAGAUUUGGGGCUCAGAAAGGAGCGCGAGGGCGUUUGCAGCGGUGUGGCCCUGAUUGGCCGAAAAACCUGUGGAUCGCAAGUCCUCGAAACGCGUUACUGAAAAUGAGAAGCACGAGGUCACGUGACUCAAACCGAAGAGAAGGAGGGAGCUUAGGAAUUAACAACUGUACCUUAUCACCAGGUCUUUCAGCACAUUAAUGUAAUGUAUGAUAACAAAAAAAAGGUUUAACAGCAUUGUUACUGAACAUAUAUAUAUAUCUGCGUAUGCAAAUGUAUAUGCCUUUGGUAAAUGGAAAUGGAACACUUGCUUGUCCUGCCCAAUAUAUAGUCCUUUGUCAUCUAGUGUGCUUUUUAUUUUUAUUUUUAAAUGGUUGUGCUCAUGUUAUAUCAUUUUAAGGCCCACUGGACCAUAACGUAUUGGUUUGUAGAUUAUUUUAUAAUCAAAAUUAUGGGCUUCAUGUGCUUAACACACCUGCUUUAUCUCUGAUACAGUUGUUGAGGUGACAGAACUUUAUUAUUAAUAUUGGUGUUAUGCUACCUGUUGUGAAUUGGGCAUCCUGUAAUGUUUGGAAGGUAUCACUUAGGAUAAUGAUCACUGAUGUAUAGUAAUAGCUUUUUAUUCAUUUGCUUGCAGUGUACAUUUGGGUAAUGAGAGGAAGGGAUGUUUUAUCAAACUUUUAGCAGUUUUCCCCCCAUUGGACUUUAAGACCAAUUGUGACUUUUUAUUUUGUUAUUUUUUGUUUGUUUUUAAUUUUCAAUUUUUUCUCUUGGUGCCUAGCUGUGGUUGUCUGUGUUUUGCAUACAUUUAAUUAGCCUGUUGUUUCUUUUCGUACAUUUUUUCUUUUGUUUUAUCGAGUCAGCUCAUUCACUCCUGUGAGGUUCCACAGUUUGCAACACCAUGCCUCUGUCUCAUUGGCUCUCCAGAUGAGCAGAGGCCCAGGAAGGGGACAGUGGUGUCAUUAACAAGUAACUGUUUGUCCUCUGCUUAGCGGCAUUCUUCCAUGACGAACAUGAAUUGAGUUAUUUAUUAAACACUGACUAGUCAGGAGCCAUGGAUUCUGUAUUUUAUGUUGUGCUUUUUGGUUUAGUUUCUUUGGUUUUUUUUCUCCCCCAAAAGAAAAAUAUGAAAUUUGUAUCGUAUUUAAAUUCAGAACCCUCUGCAAAGCCGUGAUUCGGCCUCAUCAGAGUGAAGGGAGACCUAACUUUGCUUGUGCAAUAUAGACCCAUAAUUGUGAAGGUUAUACAGGUAAAUAAAAGGAGGAAGUGGGAUUUGGUUUGCGUUCAUCAGACAAUAAAUAAAUAAAACUGUCCCGUCAUCUUGAAAAUGCAAAGAUGUUUGAAAAGACCGCCUUGGUGCUCUGACAUAGGGUUCUUAAUUGAGUGUAAUGCACUUUAAAUUGGACAUCUCCAAAUUAAAAGUAAUAAAAAAUAAAUAAACAAUGACUGCACUUACCAUCUGUAUGAAAUGGGCAUUCAGAUUCCAGUUCAACGCGCUGCAAUCCUGGUAUCGUUGGUGCGUCUCCACUAGACUUAUCUUUGAUUUGAGACCUCAAAUGUACAUUGAAUAUUUGUGCGUAAAAGAAGUAGUUUACACAGUUUGCCUUCGGUCUACUUUUUUGAACUUGUACAGAGAAGGUUCUUAUCUGUGGCGAAAUACUUGGACAGGACAAUGCUAAAUGUGUACCGAGUUCUCCUGUGUAACACUAGAAUGGUUAAAGCCAUUACGAUGUAUUCUUUAAAGUACUUACUGUAGGCUUGUUUGCCCAGGUUUUACUCUAGUAAUUGAGCACAAAUAAAAUGUAAGAAAACGAAACCCAAAAACAAUAAUAACCGUUUGUUCGUGGUGGUCAGCCUAAAUUGUGUUUAAUUCUGGAGUAGAAAGCUGCUGAAAUGUGUCACUCUGUAGUAGCAAACAUGGUUUUUGAUUGACAGUGAUGAUUUUACCAAUGGGAUAAAGGCGCUGGGUCAUUGCAGUUGGGCAUUGGAAAUGCAGGGUUUUAGUUAUGUCCUAUACUUUGGAACUGACUGCAUGCUGUAAAUGUACAAGUGAUUAAAUUAUGAUAAAGCAAAUUGAUUAAAUA